GAGAUGUUUUGAGAGUAUAAAUUAGGGGCUCCAUCAAGGUGAAGGCUGCAGAUCUGCUUCGAUUCCCCUCCUGGGAAAUUCAGCCGAGAGCUGGACCAAGCUUUCCUCUCGCACCAUGCAGCCCUGCUCCUCAGCCCUGGCCUUGCUGCUCCUGGCUGCCUGCACCCUGCCUACCAGCAGCUCCCCGGCUGAGCCCAGCUGCCUGCACUUCCCAGAGCUCCUGCCUGCAAAGCUGAAGGAGCUGAGGAUGAAGUUUGAGGAAAUCAAGGAUUACUUUCAAUCAAAAGAUGACGAACUUAGCAUCCAGCUGCUCAGCUCUGAACUGCUGGAUGAUUUUAAGGGGAGCUUCGGGUGCCAGUCGGUGUCGGAGAUGAUGCGGUUCUACACGGAGGAGGUCCUGCCCAGCGCCAUGAGCGCCAGCACGCACCACCAGCAGAGCAUGGGUGACCUGGGCAACCUGCUGCUGAGCCUGAAGGCGACGAUGAGGCGCUGUCACAGAUUCUUCACGUGCGAGAAGAGGAGCAAAACCAUAAAGCACAUCAAGGAGACGUUCGAGAAGGUGAGGUCCCCGCUCCCGUGGCUACGCUGGGUUGGGAGGAGCUGGUGUCACAAGCGAGGCAGCAGGGUUUCCUGCUGGCUUCAGCCUAACAGAGAACAGUUAUACAGAAUACGUGCUCAGUAAUACAAAAACCUAAGGCAGGGAAACCCUGAGAGUGAUGCUUGAAGGGCGGGUUGCCCUGAGGGGUUGGGCAGAGAUGUCAGUGGAAGGGGACUGCAUCUCGCGACCACGCAUCACUUCUGUCAUCACGUCCAGACUUAGACUUGGCUUUCGCCUGCAGAUGAAUGAGAACGGAGUCUACAAGGCUAUGGGAGAGUUUGACAUUUUCAUCAACU